GUUCUUGUUUUGGUGACUUUUAGUGGCUUGUUGGUUACUAAAUGGCUAAUGCAUUUCGUCGUUUUGCUAAUCGAGCUAAACUACUUGCUCAAAAAGAAGGUUCUUUAUUUCGUCUACGGUCUGAAAAAGAGCGUCCAGGUCUGCAUUUGGCUGUGCGUGGUUUUAGGCACGUGGGUUUUGCUAUUCCAAGAAAGGGUAAAACCGUCAAAAGACACAACGCGUAUAUUGAAUUUCAUAACGUGGACAAUCGCCACGUUCCUCAUCGGCUCGUUCCUGUGGCUAUUAAAGACUCUGCUUUUAAAGAUUCUGGCGUCUUCGUUCCACGUGAACACGUUCUUCGACAGAAUCCAAGAAAGUAUAUUCCAUCAGUAUAUUCUGCUGACCCUCUCGGGCCCGCCGGUUAUGGAGUCGGCGCAAAUGUUCGGCAAGACGAAUAGUAAUGUGAGUCAGAUAAGUUUUCGUGUGGGGAAGAAGGGUAAAGAGGGGAAAGAAAAGAAGGAGAAGGAGAAAGAAGUGAUCGAUAUAAAUAAACUACAUCGGAUGAAACAAGAGAAGGUUUCUGCGUGGACGAUGAAAAUGUUGGUUGAUGUUAUUUCUAAUUCGGGACUUACGACGCUCUCGAAUGCGAUCGACGAGAGUGUUUAUGACGGUGGUAAUGAAGUGGCUGAUAAGGAGAUUACGAACGAGGAAGAGGCGAUUGCGGCUGCUUAUCACUUGUUUAGGAAUGUUGCGCAGCCUGGGUGCAAGUACAUUGACGAAUAUGACUUCCGGAGAUUCAUGAUAAAAGAAGAGGUUGAGUUUGUAUUUCCUAUGAUCGAUGUGGCUGAAACCGGGCAGAUUGACAGAAAAACGUUAACCGAAUGGGUGGUGAAGGUUUACAAAAGCCGAAAAUCACUAGCACAUGCGCUCAACGACACAAAAACAGCUGUAAAGCAAUUAAACAAGCUUGUUACGGUGGUUUUAUUUAUUAUAAUCGUAAUAAUAUGGUUUCUCAUAACUGGAAUAGCAACCACAAAAGUUCUCGUAUUUUUCUCGUCACAGCUCGUUUUAGCUGUCUUUGUUUUCGGAAACACAUGCAAGACAAUAUUCGAAGCUAUUAUCUUCGUAUUUGUGAUGCACCCUUUCGACGUUGGAGAUCGCUGCGUUAUCGACGGUACUCAGAUGGUUGUCGAAGAGAUGAAUAUACUGACGACUGUGUUUCUCAAAUCGGAUAAUGAGAAAGUAUUUUAUCCGAAUUCCGUUUUGUCUACCAAACCUAUUAGCAAUUUCUAUCGAAGUCCGGAUAUGGGCGACAAUCUCGAGUUCUGCAUUGAUUUCAAGACCCCAGUCGAGAAAAUCGGGAGCCUUAAAGAGAAAAUCAAAAAGUACUUGGAGAAAAAUCCGCAGAAUUGGCAUCCGAAUCACAGUUUCGUGGUGAAGGAAAUCGAAAACAUAAACAAAAUAAAGAUGGCCGUAUUUAUCAACCACACGAUGAAUUUCCAAGACUACAAAGAAAAGAGCAGACGAAGAUCGGAAUUCGUGCUGGAGAUGAAAAGGAUUUUCGAAGAGUUGAGUAUCGUAUACGAUCUUCUUCCUCAACAAGUCCAUUUAAUUGAACCGAAAACAUCAGAAAUUACCAGCAAAUGAUUUUUAUUUUAUUUAUUUUUCUCAUUGAACUCAAAGUUUCGUAGUAUCAUGCAAAAGUAGUAAGCGGUCGUUCGAUGAUUUUAAAUUUGUUCUCAGACAUCAACGAUGGUGCCACGAUCUCGAUGUAUUACUAUGUCGGAGUUUAUUUUGUUUUGUCGUAUUAGUUUUUUUAUGGUUGAAAACUUGUC